CGAUCAAUGCCUCUGGAAAGAAGACGCUACAGUUCGCAAGAAAAAAUACAAUACUUCUGAGGAUCAACAAAAACGAGCCUUCUGUUUUCAUGACUAUAACCAAUUGAGGAUUUACACCAAAAUUUUGUGAUAUUCAGCACGCAAGCAAGAGACUUUGUUCGUUGCGGUUGAAGGAGGGGAAAACGUCAGAAUUUCGUGGCAAGCGAGAGGGGAGAAGUCGUGUAAUGACCAAUAAAAAGAGAAGGAGACAGAUGGCGCGCUUGACUAGGACAAAGAAAACGAACUAACAGGAGGGCACAGAGGGGGAAAAAGACGCUUUGUGUGCUUGUACUAUUUUUUGUCUACAGCAACCGGGUGGUGCAGGGGUAAACGGAGGGGGAUGGGCACACACUUUUGACGCGCCCGACCGCCCGUGCACACCGAACACAUACAAACGCACUUCUCUUUCUCCGUCACGGCGUGCGCACGAAGAACAGAGAAAGAAAAUCAAGCGCAUAGCCGACGAACAGUCCUAAAAAUACUUGUACGGAUCCCUUGUACAUGCAUGUCAACACACGCGCGCAAACGAACCAGUAUACACACUAAUACAUUCGUAGCUAUACGUGCGUGAAUCAGUUUGCCAUCGUAGUUUGCGAUACGAACACAAAAUUGGACACAUCCUAGUAAAAGAGAAAAAUAUCGAAUAGUAAACCACCAGAAAUAUCAGUCAAGUGCAUCGAACAAAGUGUUUGAAGAAUAAAUAAGCCUUUGAGUAUUAUUUAAUUUCGACGCAAACCCAAGUGUCCCCUCAAUCCUCCCAAAGUAGCAUUUUCUUUCGCGGCCAAAGUGAAUUUUGACACAAUGUUUACGACCAUGGAUUGUUAUCUGCAUUAGCGGGCCUGUUGAAGAAAAAAAAAAGGAGAAAAAUAUAAAAAAACAAACAGUGACGAUUAAUUUUCAGAGUUAUCAGACAGGGGAAUUUGAAAAUCGCGUUUACGCGUAACUGAUUAAGCGGUUUCUAGCAACGAGAAUAAAUCCAUCUAUAUCUAUACAUAUAUACGUGUAUGUAUAUAUGCUGUGUACAGCGGAUUUUGUCACGUAUACGUAGAGUUUUCGCUUUUUCGUGGCUCUAGCGAAUCGGGCCGAUUGCAGACGCUUUCAUUGAAUCCGAGUGCGGGCUGACGGUUUUUAGUGACCUUCAACCACGAAACACUCCGACACUCUUUUCGCGUUCUCCCACCCUUGACAACCAAACGCUCAUCUUUGAAGACUAAUUAUUGAAUAUUGGAAGGAAUUUAUCCGGUAAUUAGGACUCUUUCGAGGCUGUAAAUCGAGAAGAAAACAAAGAAAACCCGAAAUUAAUAACUUUUUGUGCAACUUUGAAGGGUCGAUUUGUGUGAUGUACCCAAAGUGUAGGUCAGAGGAAAACUCCGUAAGCGCAACGAUUAACUUCGUACACUCGAAGAGGAAAGGAAUCUUCAUAAACAUAAAAAAUAUGGUUACCGAUACGAUAAGUCUUAGAAAUCGUAUAAGUCCGUUAAACGAUUGUUUGUACUGAACGAUUAAUAAGAGAACCAGAAGAGUUUCGAGCGCGUAAGAAAUCGCGUCUCUGAAGAUAAGCUCGAAGAGAUAAACAUUGUUUCGAGAACCCGAUCCUCGAAAAUGCAGACUCGCUGUUUCUACUAAACAAAAGAGCAGGAGACUCGCAGGAUCUUGAGAAAGUUGUACGGAAACGAUUAACGAGAAUUCACGAUUUGAGCCAAAUAACAUUCAAAGGCAUUUGAAAUUCGAAAAAUUCUCCACAAAUCCUUUCGUUCUCGACUUUUCUGCCUUUUUUUCACUCCCCUAGCGCACAAUGAAGCUCCUCGAAAGCACGCGUUUCGAAGCUAUCAACAGCGCCUUGUGCAUUAAAACUGGCGACAGCAAAAUUAUAGGAAGAAUCGAGAGCUAUUCCUGCAAAAUGGCUGGCAAUGACAAACAAUUGUAUAAGAGAUUCAAUGCCGAACACGGUGUUAAUCCCCAUGAUCUUCAAGCGUUGUCACCACCACAAACUUCUUUGGGUACCUCUCCUGCCCAAAGCUAUUUUAGCCGGAGCAUAUCCGGGGACGAGGAUGGUCCUCUCUGCGACACGAUCAGCCGCAAAACUUUAUUCUAUCUGAUCGCAACGUUAAAUUCAGCAUUUCAUCCGGAUUAUGAUUUCUCGGACGCGAAAAGUCACGAAUUCAGUAAGGAGCCGAGUUUGCAAUGGGUGAUGAAUUCCGUGGACAGUAAUCUCAGCGCCACCGCGGGCGAUCACUAUCGUACAUUAAGAUCAGCCCUGUGGGCUGCGGUGGAGGAUGAAAUAUCGAUGAACGAGUGCGAUAUUUACAGUUACAAUCCUGACCUGGCGUCAGAUCCAUUCGGUGAAGAUGGAUGCCUGUGGUCUUUCAAUUACUUUUUCUAUAAUAAGAAGCUCAAGCGUAUCGUCUUCUUCACCUGCAGAGCGAUAAAUCCUCUUUACGUCUUGGAUUCUGGUGUCGGCAGUGACUUUGCAAUGGACGAGGAUGACGAAGAUAGAUACUGAGACGGCUUAAAACCUCCCUCAACCUAGUAUUUCUUAUUUCGAUCCCAAACGCGUUUAAAGCAUUUUGGGUUAUUGCAAGUGGAUGAGAUAUCUAUUUUUCAUUAUCACAAUUAUUUCUUUCACAAAUAUUGUUCGAUCAAAUUUCAUUGACGCUAUUGAAUAUAUUUUGAAAGAGGAUUUCUGAAAAAAAAUAUUAACAAUUUGGGCAUGACGAAAUUAAGAUAAUUGGGAAAAUUGGUUGCAUUCCGAAGACGCACUGUGCAAUACAUUUUUAUACUCUUUCAAUGUGGAGAAAAAAAUUGUAGAAGGUCUCUUUUCAUUCUAUUCUCCUGACAGCCUCAUUGAAACGUAAUGUCCUUAUAUUAAUUUUCAAUAUUGCCAACAUUCUUUAAACCCUCAUGUGAUGAGUGAUAAAAGAAAAAACUACAGUGCGGAGAGUUGUAUUUAUGCGUGAUUUUUCGAUGUUCCCAACGAUUUCCUCAUCUGUGUUCUCUUGAAUGUCUCGAUUUUUUCACUCUGAUUAUCUCACUUCUCCAUCAUCAAUUUAUAAAUAGUAUUUCGAAAGAUUUCUGAAUACGUAGAAGUUUAUUUAACACCUUCACCCAUAGAAACGAUCGUCCUCAGUAACUGUUUCGUUACGUAUUCAAUAAAUGCUUGCAAGAAAUAAUUCACCAAAAAUCAAUCCGUUCGUUUUUGCUUAAUUGAAGUAAUCGUUUAAACUCUCCUGAAAUAUCAGUUCUUUCGAAUGAAUAAAAUGCAAUAAAGAACGUACUAAUCAUGUUUCAGAUGUUUUUAGAUAUGAAGAAAAUUUCAAAAACUUAUUUCUCCGUUAAAUAUCAUUUUUAAUGACACAGGAAUUGCUCAAUCGUUGUUUUUUCAUUCAAUUUCAAAUUUUGACAGUGUCAAAAAUUUUUAACUCUAAAUAAGAGAAAGCAUUCAGGUUCGUUUUUAACUUCUGAACUCUCGUAACUCGGAGGCUCGAAUAAUCCCAUGAAGCUUUUGAUCUAGAAUAUAUUCAAAGCAAUUUAAAAACGUGAUAAAAAAUGAUUUACCUUCCGAGAUGUAUCAAUGGCUAACACAAAAAAUACAGACGAACGAUCUCAAAACAAUUGCAAAGUUGGAUAAACCGUUAAAAAAAUCAUGUUUCAGCAGUGAAUUUCCCCGAAAGAGUUGAUUUCUUAAACUACUAUCCUUCCGGUGUAUACAAAAUUAAUAAAAAGAACGAGUGAGUUACGAAAACUUCAUUCUAAUGAUGGAUGAUUUAACGACUUUGCGCAAUUUCAUCCACAGGGAAAAGAAAGCAAAUAUUUCAGUGGUCGAACUCUUUUUCGAAUUUUCACUUCCGAAACGAUUUCUUGAUUCCAUUAAAGCUUUGCUUCGUUUUAUUGAUUAUCGAAUAUGUAAAAUAGAAAAUAAUAAUCAGCCAAAUAAAGUGAUGCUGGAUGACAGACGGAAAUGAAAAAAUCGUUUGCAGUGAAUAUAGAUGUAUACUUACCUGAAAGAAAAAAAAAAGAGAAAAUAAAUCAAAACGUUUGUAGCUGUUACUGAAACGAGAUAAUUAUGUUUUUCAAACGAAUAAAAAACCAACUCGUUUUUUUUUGUAGCGCUCAGCGAUUUAAUUAUUGCAAACACCACGACUGCGUAUCUACGUGGAUGUUGUCAGUGUAAAUCAACAAGUUGCAAAUAAAGUAAUGUAGUCAUACAGAAUAAUA